CGGAAGUUGCUUAGCAACGUUAUAAUUUAUCAAGUAACAUUUCAAUACACAGGCUCAAACGAAUUUUCUAUAAGUAAUUUAUUUUUAUAAAGUCGUGAUCAUGAAGAAAGUGAUGAAGGAUCUUGCCCCGAUCGCGUUGCCCCACGGUCCGCCGGUGGAAUGCGCAGAAGAAUAUUACAAAUCUAUGAUGGAGAGCGCUAGUAUGGUGAAGAAGUACCCAGUAUGGGACGUGGCACGUCCUACGCCUCAAGUCCUGAUGGAGCAGGCGCGUCGCGACCUGAUGGAGGCGGAUGAGAAGCUAGCCGUGAAGCGCGUCGAGGAACAGAAGAACAGAGCCAUCAUGGACGCCAAGUGGAAGGAGUUGAGAGAGAAGGAGGUGGUGUUGAAGGAGUCUUUCAUCAGCUUCAAUAAGUUCAUCAGAGAAAACCAAGAGAAGCGCGAACGAGCUGAGCGCAAGAUGGAGGCAGACUCCGAAGUCCUGGAUCGUAAGACCAGGGAGACGGACGCGAUGCGGGACCGCGUCGAGGAAAUGGAGGAAGUGAAGGCUCUGAUGGAGAAGCAAGUACGGGACUACACUAUAUACGAGGACUAUUUGAUGGCAGUCGUUCAAAGUCAUCCCGAGUUCAAGCAGCCCCUGGAUGUUCUCAAUCGCUAUGAAGCUUUAGCUGCCGCCAAGAGCACCCUGGCCGAGCGUCAGGAGCGAGACCUGGAGAUGCUGGAGAACGCCCGCCAGGAGAUAGGGAACCUGACCGAGGAGAAGAAGCUAUUCAUCAUGGGUCUGAACAACACGCUCGCCAAUUUGCGGUGGCGUUACGACAAAGUUCGAAACAGAGUUAUAAAAUGGGAGUUGGCUCUGAACCGCUUGAAGGAAACAGCUGCUAGACGUCAUGUGGAACUUUGUCACGUGAAGUCGGCUAUCUGGAGUUUGUACACGAAGAUCUGCAAGCAGAAGGGGCUGACCAUCGACGUGAAGCCGGCGGACUUUGAGCAACAGCUCGUGGUCAUCAUGAGAGCUUUGUUGGAGUUGAGGAGGAUCUACAGGAUUGCCCAUAAGAGGUCUAAGGAAAAGGACGCUACAUCCAUGGGUACUCAGUAAGCGGCGAGGAGUGUUUACCCAGCGAAAUAUAUUUCGUACAUUUGUAAUGUUUGUUAGAUAAAUCAUGUGUUCAUAUAAUAAAUGUUAGCUUUUUCA